UAAAUAUUCCACAGCUAAUAUUCAGUUUAUAUACAGCAAUUUACUCGAAUUUCUUUUUAAGAGACUUUUUAGUUCACCAAUACGUUCAGAUCAACCCCUGUAUAAUUUAUGGUUCCAGCUUUUAUGAAAAUACAAUAACCAAACCAGCCUCCUUUUUUUUUGAUUUAUGUUUGAUAUAUGUAACAAAAAGCAAGUCCAUAAGUUACGCAUUCUUUCCCACAAAAAAUAUUAAAAAUCUUCAAGCUCGCUACUAGAAGUAUAUUUAAACUUAAUCCUACCAUAAUAGUACCUUUGGAAAUUGGUGCUUCCGCAAGCUAUCUACAUAUACCCAACCCAAGUCAAACUGGAAGCGUUUUUUUAGUUCAAAAGGGAUGUCUGUUCCUAAGCAACUUCCCUGUAUGGUUCGUGCUCUUUAUGCAUGGCCUGGGGAACGCGAAGGAGAUUUAUCAUUUGGAAAAGGAGAAUUAAUUGAAUGCCAAAGCCUUGGUGAUGGAAAAUGGUGGAUUGGAAGGCACAUUAAUACAAAUACCCAAGGAAUUUUUCCUAGCAAUUUCGUACAAGUCCUUAAUAUAUCCACAUCAAGACCCAAUAGCUCUAUUUCAAGAAGAAGUAGUUUAAGUUCUCGUUUAUCAGCGGAAAGUCCGGGUUCUCCUCUUACCUCUUCUGGACCUGAACUUCCGGGCAAGAAUCUGAGAGGGACUAGUCCAUUAUUUUUUCAGAAACAAAAGAAAUUUGACCCAAGUCCGAAAAAAGAAGAAAAUGGCUCUUUCUUAAAGACGUUGUCUCGACCAUCUUCUGUAUUCUCAAGGAGAAGCCGAACCAGCUCAGUACAUAGUCGCGAAUCAAAACGGUCUGGGAACGCAAAAGGUAGUGCUCGGACAAGUCCUUCUCCUAUUCGGAGUGCCAUGGAAAACGUACUCGAGUCGUUGAAUGCAAUGGGAGGUAAAAGUACCAUUCGUUCUUCAACCCCUGUGUCCGGUCACAUGCCCGCUAAUGCUAAUCAAGACAUCAAUCCAAAGCUUAACUUAUCACCAUUACCUUCAGCACCUGGAAAGGCAAAGUAUUUACAGCCUCCGGCCUCAACCAUUUCCGAUAAAAAACAGACAGACAGUUGGGGACCCCAAACAUCAUCGUUAAGCAAUCGUGGUCCUCUCCACCGAAAAUUCCAGAGUACCCCUACGCCAAUAGCGAGACCCAUCUCUACGCUUAUCCCUUUUGGUAGUACUCAAACGAAUUCCCAACUUACGAAUCCUCACUCGGAUAUGCAACGUCCUUCCACCGCUCAAUCUUUCAACAAGAAAAGUUCUGGGUUCUUAAAGAAGACGUUUAAAAAGAUCUUAAGUCGAAGUUCAUCUACUAAACGAGUUCCAUUUGACUCUUAUCCGUCUCAGUCCAGCGUGGCCAGCUCGACCGCUUCUCCGCAAUCUGUUCAUCAGAGAACUGUUCGUCCCGCAUCUCCGCAGACGAUGGCCUUGGUCAAAGAAGAUUUACGUCGAACGGCAACAUACACCGAGUUGGAUCUUAAUAAAAAACGACAAGAGACUUUUGAUAAUCUUUCGAUGCCUGUUUAUAAGCCACUGGAAGAGCUUCAUAACACCCUUGGAAACGUAUUGGCUGAUGGUGAGCCCGUUGACUUCUCAGUUGGAAUGGAUGUACAUAAAAUAAAUUUUGGCGCAGUUGAUAAAAAGACGCGUUUCUUCAUUUCUCAAAAGAUAGACCUAGACCCCAGAGAUUUCGUAAAACAUUAUUUAGCUAAAGGGGCCGAAUCCCCUUUACAGCAACUAAGAGCUGUUUAUAUUUAUGUCUCGGAACACGUGUCAUACACUGAUCACUCUGCGAAUGGAAAAUCGUUCCGCUCACCUCUUGAGGUUUUCCUUUCUGGAAGAGGAACUCCUUUUGAAGUAGCCUUGUUAGUAAAGGAAAUGCUGCAAGGCUUGGAUAUAUGGUGUGAGGUCAUUGAAGGAUAUCUUAAAUCACCAGACGACAUUUACUAUACUAGAGAUAUUAAAGUGAACCAUGCUUGGAAUGUCGUUACGCUCAAUGAUGAAGUCCGCCUUCUGGAUGCUAGCUUUGCAAGCCCCACGCACCCACAGCAGGUGUUAAAAUCCUCGGUUGCUAAUAAUUUCUAUUUUUUGAUGAAACCCAACGAAUGCCUAUAUACGCAUAUUCCUGAGAAUCCGGAUCAGCAGUUUAUAAUGCCGGAUUUGCCAAUGCCAAUUGUUAUGGCUUUACCAUGGGUUUCGUCUGUAUAUUUUGACACAGGUUUACGUCUUCGCAAUUACGAAUCUAGUAUUCUUCAUCUUUCUGACUACCAAUUCUUGCAGAUCGAUGUAGAGGCUCCAAAGGAAAUUGAAUGUGUCGCUGAAGUUGACAAUUUUAGUUCACCACCCUCUCCACCAGAUUUUUCUAAAUCCCAGAAGCAUGUUUUGGUCCAAACUUACAGGGAAAAGAAGAACCUUCGAGUGGUUAGAAUUAAAGCCAUGAUGCCUUUAAAUAGUAAAUUUGCUGUACUACGAAUAUACGCCGGCCGUAGUGGAGUCGCUAGCCCAGCGAAGACAAUACCCCAUCCAAUGGCUGUAUCCAUUCCUUUCGCUCAUCAUGGAAAGCAUAAACCAUUUGAGUUCCUAAGUCGAUAUCCUAUACCCCAGUGCCCGAAUGUUGAUUUAUAUAUAUCUUCUCCUCAGUGCGGUAUAUUACGCGCUGGAGUCAAGUAUGACUUCGCUGUUACUGCUUACUCUUCUAGCGAAACAGAAGCCCUUACAACUAAGUUAGCUAUUCAGACACCGACAGGCAACAUUUUACGCUUACAUGAAGAAUUUUCCAAUGGUCGCAUCACUCGGUCCGUUCUUUCAUCAGCCAUUAAUGAGACUGGAGAAUAUCGUGCUUUAAUACUAGCUGAAAAGAUUGGAAGAUGGGUAGUUUAUGCUACAUGGAAAGGAGUUUAACUAACUUAAGUUUUUGAUUAUUAACAACUAAUUCUCUUCUUUUUAUCCCUUCUCUAUCGUCAUGAGGAAUUUUCCGUUGUCUUCACUCUUUACUUUACUUUUUGAACUAAUGUAUUUAUCUAAUUUAGUCUAUGCUUCCUUUUUGAUCCCCUAUUGAAUAUUUUAUGUUUUCUUAAUAGUACUUACAGUUUUGCAUUGUUAAACA